UACUUCUCCUUAUUCUUACUUCUCUCUCUCUCCGACUCUCUGUCAUUCCCUUUGCCCACUUACAGACCAAAUGCCUUAACACCUUAUUCACUACUAUAAUCUUUGCCCUAACCCUUCAUCCUUUAUAUAAAACUUAACACUAUCACUCUCAUUACAAUAUCUUACUAAAUAGAAAGAAAAGAAAAUCUCAAGAGAACAAAAGAAAUGGAAGCAACAAAAGAUUUGGAGAAAUCUAGAUUCAAGAGGGUUUGUGUUUUUUGUGGGAGUAGUACUGGUAAGAGGAUUUGCUAUAGAGAUGCUGCCAUUGAAUUAGCUCAAGAACUUGUUUCAAGAGGUUUGGACCUUGUUUAUGGUGGUGGGAGUAUUGGGCUUAUGGGUUUGGUUUCUCAAGCUGUUCAUAAAGGUGGAAGAAAAGUUAUUGGGAUAAUCCCAAGAACCUUGAUGAGCAAAGAGUUAACUGGUGAAACAGUUGGUGAGGUUAAGCCAGUGGCCGACAUGCACCAAAGAAAAGCAGAAAUGGCCCGCCAUUCUGACUGUUUUAUAGCCCUCCCAGGAGGUUAUGGAACUUUAGAAGAGUUAUUGGAAGUUAUCACUUGGGCUCAACUUGGCAUUCACAAUAAGCCAGUGGGAUUGCUGAAUGUUGAUGGUUACUAUAACUCUCUUUUAACUUUUAUUGACAAAGCUGUGGAUGAUGGGUUCAUAAAGUCAUCACAAAGAAGCAUAAUCGUUUCAGCACCAAAUGCCAAAGAACUUGUUCAGAAGCUUGAGGAAUAUGUACCUGUUCAUGAUGGGGUGAUAGCAAAGGCAAAGUGGGAAGUUGGGCAACAGCAACAGCAGCCACAAGUGGGGCUCAGUGCUAUACAAAUAUGAAGACUGCUGAAACAGCCCUCUAAAUAUAUAUAUAUAUAUGAGACGUUAUAUAUAUAAAAAAAGGGUUUAUAUAAUACUCUUUUGCUUUUGAUAUGAUUUUAGGGUCUCACAUCAAUCAUUCCUUAACCAAUAUGGUAUGCUCGAAAAUUUUGAAAUAGACCAAACAAGAAACUCCCACUCUCUUUUUCUAUAUAUUUUCUCACUUUUUCUUUUUUUUGGCUUAUAAUUUGUAGUUUGGUCGUAUUUAUUUAUGGCUUACUUAGCUUGUAUUUUGAUGUCUCUAUGUACAAAAAUAUUGUAUAUUUAGGGUUUAGGGAGGAUUUGUAUUAAACAUUUUAAUGUCUACGUUCAAAAUACCUCAAUCCAUCAAACGUUUGGGAA